UGACGGCCGGCGGCGCCCGCGGCCCUCAGCAUGCGCCGCGAGGCAAGGGCUCCGCUCCCGCCCGUGGGCUGAGGCGGCGCCGGCGGCGGCAGGGAGAGGCGGCAUGCGGCUGCCGGGCGCGGCGUAGAGGACGCGGCAGGCGGCGAGUGCCGGCCGCCGGGGGAGGGCUCGCUUCGCCCGGCCGCCGCCGCCUCCCGCCGCCGGGCGCCCGAGCGGAGCGGCGCGGCGGGCUGGGCGCCCCGACAUGGCGGCCAGGAGCGCCCCGAGCUGCCACCUGCGGCUCGAGUGGGUGUACGGCUACCGGGGCCACCAGUGCCGCAACAACCUCUACUACACGGCGGCCAAGGAGAUCGUGUACUUCGUGGCGGGCGUCGGCGUGGUGUACAGCCCGCGCGAGCACCGGCAGAAGUUCUACCGGGGCCACAGCGACGACAUCAUCAGCCUUGCGUUGCAUCCUGAACGAGCACUGGUAGCAACAGGACAAGUUGGGAAAGAGCCGUAUAUCUGUGUCUGGGAUUCGUAUACUGUGCAGACCGUAUCAGUUCUGAAGGACGUCCAUACGCAUGGUGUAGCUUGCUUAGCAUUCGACUUAGAUGGACAGCGCUUGGUUUCAGUUGGACUUGAUUCAAAGAAUGCAGUUUGCGUUUGGGACUGGAAAAGAGGGAAAAUGUUAUCUAUGGCUCCAGGUCACACAGAUAGAAUAUUUGAUAUUUCUUGGGAUUUAUACCAGCCAAAUAAACUUGUCAGCUGUGGUGUAAAACAUAUCAAGUUCUGGAGUUUAUGUGGAAAUGCUCUGACCCCAAAACGAGGGGUCUUUGGGAAGACUGGUGACCUUCAGACCAUCUUGUGCCUGGCCUGUGCAAGGGAUGAAUUAACAUAUUCUGGCGCACUCAAUGGGGAUAUAUAUGUUUGGAAAGGAAUCAAUCUUAUACGAACAAUACAAGGAGCUCAUACUGCAGGAAUUUUUAGCAUGAAUGCUUGUGAAGAAGGCUUUGCUACUGGUGGCAGAGAUGGCUGUAUUCGUCUUUGGGAUUUAACUUUUAAACCAAUUACUGUGAUUGAUCUCAGGGAAACAGACCAGGGGUACAAAGGUUUGUCUGUGAGGAGUGUGUGUUGGCGAGGAGACCACAUUCUAGUUGGAACACAGGAUGGCGAAAUUUUUGAAGUUGUGGUUCAUGAAAGAAACAAGCCUUUCCUAAUCAUGCAAGGGCAUUGUGAAGGCGAGCUGUGGGCACUUGCUGUCCAUCCUACUAAACCUUUGGCCGUGACUGGAAGCGAUGACCGUUCAGUCAGAAUAUGGAGCCUGGUUGAUCAUGCACUAAUAGCGAGGUGUAAUAUGGAAGAGCCAGUUCGUUGUGCAGCUGUGAAUGUAGAUGGGAUCCAUCUUGCCCUUGGAAUGAAGGAUGGCUCAUUCACUGUACUGAGAGUAAGAGAUAUGACGGAAGUUGUGCAUAUUAAAGAUCGGAAGGAGGCGAUCCAUGAGAUAAAAUAUUCACCAGACGGAACUUACCUUGCUGUCGGUUGCAAUGACAGCUCAGUUGAUAUUUAUGGAGUUGCUCAGCGCUAUAAGAAAUUUGGAGAGUGUGUUGGAUCACUUAGUUUCAUCACUCAUCUAGACUGGUCCUCAGACAGUAGAUAUUUACAGACAAAUGAUGGGAACGGUAAAAGACUGUUCUACAGGAUGCCGGGAGGAAAAGAAGUGGCAAGUAAAGAAGAAAUAAAAGGUGUUCAUUGGGCUUCAUGGACAUGCGUUUCAGGCCUUGAAGUAAAUGGAAUUUGGCCCAAGUAUUCAGAUAUUAAUGAUAUAAACUCAGUAGAUGGGAAUUAUAUUGGCCAAGUUUUAGUUACAGCUGAUGACUAUGGAAUUGUAAAAUUAUUUCGAUAUCCUUGCUUAAGAAAAGGGGCCAAGUUUAAAAAAUAUAUUGGCCAUUCAGCUCAUGUAACUAAUGUCAGAUGGUCACAUGAUUAUCAGUGGGUUAUUUCUAUUGGUGGAGCAGAUCACUCUGUCUUUCAGUGGAAGUUUAUUCCUGAAAGAAAACUAAAGGAUGCUCUUCACAUAGCACCUCAAGAAAGUCUUGCAGACUCUAAUAGUGAUGAAUCAGAUUCAGACCUGUCUGAUGUUCCAGAACUGGAUUCUGAAAUUGAGCAAGAGACCCAGCUCACUUACCGUCGGCAGGUUUACAAAGAAGAUCUACCUCAGCUUAAAGAACAAUACAAAGAGAAACAAAGAAGUGGUACUUCUAAAAGAAGAGAGCGGGCUCCAGGAAAUAGUGUCCGAUUACACUUCGUUCACGGUUACAGAGGUUAUGACUGUCGAAGUAAUCUGUUUUAUACUCAAAUCGGUGAAAUUGUGUACCAUGUGGCAGCAGUGGGUGUCAUUUAUAAUCGACAGCAGAACACCCAGCGCUUUUACCUGGGUCACGAUGAUGACAUUCUCUGCCUGGCUGUUCAUCCUUUGAAAGACUACGUGGCAACAGGCCAGGUAGGUAGGGAUCCCUCAAUUCACAUAUGGGACACGGAAACCAUUAAACCAUUGUCGAUAUUAAAGGGCUACCACCAAUAUGGUGUCUGUGCUGUUGAUUUCUCAGCUGAUGGGAAACGUUUGGCUUCAGUUGGAAUAGAUGAUAGCCACACUGUUGUGCUGUGGGACUGGAAGAAAGGAGAGAAACUUUCAAUAGCAAGAGGAAGUAAAGAUAAGAUUUUUGUUGUAAAAAUGAACCCGUACGUGCCUGAUAAAUUAAUUACAGCUGGAAUUAAACACAUGAAGUUUUGGCGUAGAGCAGGGGGAGGAUUGAUUGGAAGAAAAGGCUACGUGGGCACCCUGGGGAAAAGUGACACCAUGAUGUGUGCAGUAUAUGGAUGGACUGAAGAGAUGGCUUUUUCUGGAACGUCCACAGGAGACGUGUGUAUCUGGCGAGACAUCUUUCUUGUAAAGACAGUGAAAGCACAUGAUGGACCAGUGUUCAGUAUGCAUGCAUUGGAAAAAGGGUUUGUAACUGGAGGGAAAGAUGGGGUAGUCGCUCUUUGGGAUGACUCCUUUGAAAGAUGUCUCAAGACCUACGCUAUAAAAAGAGCUGCUUUGGCCCCAGGAUCUAAAGGUCUUCUCUUGGAAGAUAACCCAUCUAUACGUGCCAUAUCAUUAGGACAUGGUCAUAUUUUAGUUGGCACAAAGAAUGGUGAAAUACUAGAAGUGGAUAAAAGUGGCCCAAUAACACUUCUGGUCCAGGGACACAUGGAAGGAGAGGUGUGGGGCUUGGCUACACAUCCUUAUCUGCCCAUCUGUGCUACUGUAAGUGAUGAUAAGACCUUGAGGAUAUGGGAUCUUUCUCCUAGUCAUUGUAUGUUGGCCGUCCGGAAACUUAAAAAAGGUGGGAGGUGUUGCUGUUUUUCUCCUGAUGGUAAAGCUUUAGCUGUAGGUCUCAAUGAUGGAAGUUUCUUAAUGGCGAAUGCAGAUACUCUAGAAGAUCUUGUAUCUUUUCACCACAGAAAAGAUGUUAUUUCAGAUAUUCGAUUUUCACCAGGUUCUGGGAAAUAUCUUGCUGUAGCAUCGCAUGACAGCUUUAUAGAUAUAUACAACGUCAUGAGCAGUAAACGAGUAGGAGUAUGCAAGGGCGCUACCAGCUACAUAACCCAUGUUGACUGGGAUAUCAGAGGAAAGCUUUUACAGGUCAACACUGGUGCUAAAGAACAAUUAUUCUUUGAAGCUCCCAGAGGGAAAAAACAGACCAUUCCCAGUGGAGAGGCAGAAAAAAUUGGCUGGGCAUCAUGGACAAGUGUGCUUGGUUUAUGCUGCGAGGGGAUUUGGCCAGUAACUGGAGAAGUCACGGACGUAACUGCCUCUUCCCUCACCAGUGACAGAACAGUCCUAGCUACUGGGGAUGAUUUGGGAUUUGUGAAGUUAUUUAGAUAUCCUGCUAAAGGAAAAUUUGGAAAGUUUAAGAGGUACGUGGCCCAUAGUACACAUGUCACAAAUGUUCGCUGGACUUACGAUGACAGCAUGUUGGUCACCUUAGGAGGCGCAGAUAUGUCUUUAAUGGUUUGGACAAAUGAAAUGGAGGGCUAUCGAGAAAAAAGACCUUGUGAUAGCGAAGAAUCUGAUAUAGAUUCUGAAGAAGAUGGGGGCUAUGACAGUGAUGUCACAAGGGAGAAUGAAAUCAGUUACACCAUCAGAGCCUUAUCAACAAAUAUUCGCCCAAUGUUUGGAAUCAAGCCUCAUUUGCAACAAAAAGAACCCUCAACUGAUGAGAGGCAGGGAGUAGUAAGAGGCUCCAGGCCUCCGGUGAGCAGGGCCCCACCGCAGCCAGAAAAACUCCAGACCAACAACGUCGGCAAGAAAAAGAGGCCCAUAGAGGACCUUGUGUUGGAGCUUGUUUUUGGCUAUCGAGGCCGAGACUGCAGGAAUAAUGUUCAUUAUUUAAAUGAUGGUGAUGAUAUAAUUUAUCACACCGCAUCUGUUGGAAUUCUUCACAAUGUUGCUACAGGGACUCAGAGUUUUUAUCAGGAACAUAAUGAUGAUAUUCUGUGCCUCACUGUAAAUCAGCACCCCAAAUUUAUCAACAUAGUGGCAACUGGCCAAGUAGGCGAUUCAGCAGACAUGUCAGCCACAGCUCCGUCUAUUCACGUCUGGGAUGCCGUGAACAAGCAGACUUUGUCCAUUCUGAGAUGCUACCAUUCAAAGGGGGUGUGUUCAGUCAGUUUCAGUGCUACUGGGAAACUCCUGCUCUCUGUGGGGCUAGACCCAGAGCAUACAGUUACCAUUUGGAGAUGGCAAGAAGGUGCCAAAAUUGCCAGCAGAGCUGGUCACAACCAGCGUAUUUUUGUGGCUGAAUUCCGGCCAGAUUCAGACUCCCAGUUUGUCUCUGUCGGAGUAAAGCACGUCAAGUUCUGGACCCUGGCAGGAAGAGCUCUUCUUAGCAAGAAGGGGCUCCUGAGCACUCUGGAGGACGCGCGGAUGCAGACCAUGCUUGCUGUUGCGUUUGGUGCAAAUAACUUGACGUUUACAGGUACCAUCAGUGGAGAUGUGUGUGUGUGGAAAGACCACAUAUUGUGUAGAAUCGUGGCCAGAGCUCACAACGGGCCUGUGUUUGCCAUGUACACCACCCUUCGAGACGGGCUGAUUGUCACCGGGGGCAAGGAGAGACCGUCAAAGGAGGGAGGAGCCGUCAAGCUGUGGGACCAGGAGCUGAGGCGGUGCCGCGCCUUCCGGCUGGAGACGGGCCAGGCCAGCGACUGCGUGCGCUCCGUGUGCAGAGGCAAGGGCAAGAUACUGGUAGGGACAAGGAACGCUGAAAUCAUUGAAGUUGGAGAGAAGAACGCUGCGUGUAACGUCCUGGUGAGCGGGCACGUGGACGGCCCUGUGUGGGGACUCGCGACCCACCCCUCCAGGGACUUCUUCCUGUCCGCUGCGGAAGACGGGACAGUGAGGCUCUGGGACAUUGCUGACAGAAAGAUGCUGAACAAAGUGAAUCUGGGACACGCUGCUCGUACCGUCUGCUACAGCCCGGAAGGGGACAUGGUGGCCAUUGGGAUGAAAAACGGAGAAUUUAUCAUUUUACUUGUGAGCUCCCUGAAGAUAUGGGGAAAGAAGAGAGACAGACGGUGUGCGAUCCAUGACAUCAGAUUUAGUCCAGAUUCCCGGUUUCUAGCCGUGGGUUCCAGUGAGAAUUCAGUGGAUUUUUAUGACCUAACACUGGGCCCCACCCUUAACAGAAUCAGCUACUGCAAAGACAUUCCCAGCUUCGUCAUUCAGAUGGACUUCUCUGCAGACAGCAGGCACCUCCAGGUCUCCACUGGUUGCUAUAAACGGCAUGUCUAUGAAGUGCCUUCAGGAAAACAUCUUAUGGAUCAGGCUGCCAUUGACAGAAUUACUUGGGCUACAUGGACUAGUAUUCUAGGAGAUGAAGUUAUGGGAAUCUGGUCCAGACACGCUGAGAAAGCGGAUGUCAACUGUGCCUGUGUGUCUCAUUCAGGAAUCAGCCUGGUAACGGGAGAUGACUUUGGCAUGGUUAAGUUAUUUGACUUCCCAUGUCCUGAAAAAUUUGCAAAACACAAAAGGUUCUUGGGUCAUUCACCCCACGUGACAAACAUUCGAUUUACCAGCGGUGAUCGACAUGUUAUUAGUGCUGGCGGUGAUGACUGCAGGUUGGUGACUUUCUCAGCCCAAGAUAUGCCAACUUACUAGUUAAGAGAUUUAAUCACUUCUUCUGACAGGUUCUUGUAUGGACUCAGCUAGUCAACAUCAUUAAGGUAGCAAAACCAGGUGGCUCUUUGGAGUUUGUAUACUGUGUACUAAAAGGACUUAAAAAGGAAAAACUUUAUGCAUGUAUGAUUUGAAAGCUUAAUUGAAAAACUGUUCUGAGAAUCUAGAAAGAUCAUGAACUCACUGCUGUUUUUCUGAUUGCAGUUUAUUCGUCUGGAAAUGUGUGCAUAUGCCUCACUGAAAGAUACGGAUGCUGAGAAGAUUCUGCAAAUUCACAGCCUUGAGAAAAGCAGGACUACACAAGCGGAAAAAAUAACCAGAACCAAGCCCUGCACGGUCAGGUGGUGCUAACUUAAGAUUGGAAUAGGGAUAAAAUGCCCAAACUUGUCAAAAUGAAGAUUGAUCGGUUCAAAAUAUUUGUAAUAUGCACGAGGUAACUGUCCAUAAUCCACACACUGCCAGGUAAUCCCACAUCAAGAAAGGCUUAAAUGAGCUGAUGGUGACAGCCAGACCCCACUCUGGGGCGUGUGCGGAUCUGGCAGGCCUGCUGGGGAGGUUUGGGAGACAGAGCUCCUCAAAAAAAAUGAACCAAAACCUCAAAAACCCAACUUGGAUAAUUUUCAUCCUCUUUUUUUUUUUUAGCAAAACUUUUUUUUUUUUUUUUUAAUUUUUAUUUUCCAAGAUUCAACUGUUUAGUAUGUUAUCUUUGUGUUUACAUAAGGAAAUAUACCAUCACCCUAAAGGAUCACAGUUUUUAAAAGGCAAACAUCAUUUUCCCUAAAAAAAUAUACACGAGGUCUACUGGAGAAUAUAAUGCUUCCUAAGCGUUAAUAAGCUCCCACUUAUAAAGGACAUUUUUCUCCUGAAAGGUUUAAAUUCAAGAGCAAAUCCCAAGUCAGCAGUUUGCGAUCACCACUUCUCCAUCUUUGAGCUGCCACUCUCGCGUCCAGAUAUCAUCCCUGUGACUCAAGCAGUGAAGCAUGAUUAUAGCCUCAUUAAUGGAAGAGUGUGAUAAACAAUCAUUUCCAGUGAUGUACAGUUUAAGGUUUUAGACAGUAGUACUAUUUUAACUGGGAGAGAAUGCUGAGUAUUUAAAGAUGCAGGCUAAUAGAAACAUUUACCAUGUAAACUAAAGCAUUAAAUUCACAUUUACAAAGUUACACAAUUUAGUAACUCUUGAAAUAAAAUUUUUAUAGCCUUUUUUUCUAUGGAAAAACUUGUUUAACAUAUGCCACCCCAUAGGCUGACUUCCGAAAGGAAUGAAUAUCCGUCCACUUAUGAAACUUGUCUGUGACAACCCUUUCUUGGUGGACUGGGGCUGAACUCUGAGAUCUUCACUCCUGUUCACUUUAAAUGCUGCCAAAGACCAGUACUUGCCAUUCAGGAACUUCCUGUUUAGCUCACUUGUAGUUUCCUGAUGACUGGAAAUUAUGCAGACUGCUAUUUAAAAAUAUAUUUUUCUAAGUAUGAAGAAGUUUAAGAUGCUGUAUUGGUCCUAUGACUUUUUAUUUUCAUGUGUUAAUUAUCUUUGUAGUGUAAUAGAGCCUUUCAGGUUUCUGGUUAUCUGUUUUCUAUGUGCAAUACCCUGUAAAUAUGAAAACCAGAAAAGGCCGAGUUACAUCAUGGAAGCCCAACCAGUGACUGAACCUGGUCCGUUUUAGAGCUCUGAACAGCUGCGUCUGAAGGACUGACUGGGGUGUUCCUUUAAGAAGCUUGAAACAUUAAGAUCAUUUUCUUUCAUUUUCGUGUCAAUGGAUUCUCCUAAAUUAAGCCCAAUUUGAUGAAACACUAAUAUUUAAAGCUUCUGUUCAUGUAUACUAUAAAAGACCAACUGAUAAAAGCUAAAAAUUCCCCUGAACCCCACUUCCCCUCUAUUUGAGGCGGUUGCAGCUUCAGAUGUUCCUUGGGUCAAGUUUACCUGCUUCUGGCUAAAGAGAAAUUCCAGUCUCAUUACACGCCGGGCAGAAACUCCGGCCGUAAUCACGGAACCACAUAGGGUGACCUGCUUCCCCCGCGUUGUCCUUCCCGCGGUCGGCGUGCGGCGGCAUCAAUCCCCGCUGUCCGUGUCCCGACGCGGUCCUGUUGAGUUCAGUCGUCAGCCCACAACCGCCGUCCUCACACCAGCCAUCGACUGAGGCCAGGUGAACAGCCGUGACAGGCCGUGUGGAUUUAUUUUUUAACCCAGAGGGUUGUUCCCGUGGGUAGUACCUGACUGAGCUCCCCAAUUUGUAAGCUGAGCUCUCCCCUGGCACCACUGGCCUCCUCUCUGUAGGCAAACGCAUGCCCGGACACCCUGGUGCCACUCACAGCCACCUCUGCUCCCUUCCUUUUCUGGGAACUUUUUUGAUGGUGGUUCAUUUUGGACCAAGUUAUAGUGAACUUCUGCCUGCCCAUAAACCAUAGCAACUGAAAGAUGAAACUCUUAAUGCAUCUCCUUAAAUAGAAAAAAAUCUGAUUUCAGCAUAUUAUUUCCUCACAAAACGGCUGAGCUAGAUCACGAGCCCUUCUCUCCCGUUUACCUUCUCCACAGUGAAAGUAUGAGAACAAAUAUGCUCCAUUUAUGAGCACUGACACUGAAAGUCUGUUUAGAUUUCUGUAAAUACAAUUUAAAACAAGUUUCUUCUGUAGAAAUAAAGCAUCUCAAGUAAGUCAACACUCGAAUGAACAAGUACCUUAGAUUUGGUGGAGUAAAACUUUUCAGAAUGAAGUGGAAUUGCCAUUUCACCCGAGGCUAACCACACGGUGGCUUAAUGUAUGCCCUGUGUGCCAUCUUGCUUCUUCUGAUGUUUCAAGUCUUACAAGCACAGCAAAGUGCAACUUAAAAGAUGGUUUAAUAACUGGUUAAUUCUUUCUUCUUCCAACAGCAAAGAGAUGGCCACAAGGCUGCAGGUUUUAGCAUCUGAAACAUGGACUUUUACACAUAUGUAGUUUUAUUAUCCCUUGGAUGUAUGACUAAUAAGCAUGUCAAACAACGUGUUUUUUUUUUAUAGUUUAAUUUGGUCCUUAGAAUAUUUUGAACUUUACUAUCCUUUUUGCAUUAACUCUUUUUUUCUAACCAACUUUUAGCUUUACUUUUUAAAAAGCUACAUUGUCUUUUAAAAAUCAGUGAUCUGUUAUUUAAUUCUAAAGAAUCUGACACUUCUUGCCUUAACAAUUUUAAAACCACACACAAAACUCUAUAUUUUCAUUCAGUAUCCCAAAAGUUAAGUCCUAUUUUGCAGUUUACCCAUCUGAUCUCUGUAAUUAUAUAGUCUGUCAUUUAAAAUAUACUAUUUAAAUCUAGUUUUUACAUUUAAAAAAUUAUCUUCAAUAAUAACUAUAUUUUCUGUGGAGUUAUUUCUGAGAAUGUUAUUUUUCAGAACGUGAGAAUAUGUAUGUAUAGCUAUAAUCUUGUGAGUUAAAGUUUGUUCUGAUACCUUAUGUAUAUACUUGUAAAAAAUUUUUGUAUAAUUUUGUGAUAAUGUAGAUCCCCCAGAUACUUAUUUUAAAAGUGUAUGUUAACAGUAAAUGAAAGCAUUUUAACGAA